AUGGAAGUCAUGGAGUUAGUCGAGAACGAGCCUACCGCUCGUCCAUUCCAAUGUGAUUGGCAAUCCUGCACAAAGGUACAUCUUUCAAAGUCCUCAAGUCUCGCCCGUCAUCGACGUGUCCAUACGGGCAAACGUCCGUACAAGUGUACCUAUGAUGGUUGUUCUAAAAGCUUCUGUAGAAAAGCUACGAUGGUUGAGCACCAACGGAGAUCGCACCAGUACGGAAUGGACCCCAAUGACAUCCUAUACGAUUGCUCCUCAGAUUCAGAAGACGACGAGCCUCCUUUGACCCCCCAGCACUCCUCAAUGACCUGGUCGCCUCGUGAUAUUGUUUCUAUGGAGCAAGCGAUUUCGAAUGGCCCGUUGCAUCGCGCAACUUCGUAUGCUGACUUUGGGCUACAAGUUCACGGCCAGCAUAUGUCACAGCAAUACGUCAAUAGACAGGGCAUUCCCUCAAAUGCGCCUCAAGAGUUCCACUGCCAACCUAUACCCGACUAUUACGUCGGUGCUCCAACACUCCGUCGAACAACGACUAUGCCAUGCCAAAUGUACUAUGUUACCGAGCAGGGCAAUCCGGGGGUUGUAACGAUGAAUAACGCAGCGCAACGUCAUUACCGGCUUCCUCGACAAGUGGAAAGACCUCCUGUAGAGUUGCCAUAUUCGACCUCGGCCAUCGCAACCUCGAUUCAAAGUAGUCCCAGAAACCUUUCCGUUUCGUCGGUUUCUAGUCCCAUUGCUCAGGAAUGCUUUUUCACAUAUUUGCCCGGGAACCAGCCGGAAUACGUGCAGGCAGACCGUCAACAUUCCAUCGUCCAAUAUCAGCAUCCUAUGCAACACCUUAUGAGCCAGUCCCAACCGCCAGUGGCCUCUCAGGCGCAGCCGCUUCACGCGCCUGCAGCUGAUCAUCCACCUCAGAAAUCCGCUCAGGCCCAACUGGAACAGUGGUCAACUAAUGACCCUCCGAUCGAAGCUACGACAAUCGGGCAGUUGCCGGCGUAUGGCACUGUGGUUUAUGACCCUGAUGGACUGAAGAUCGAAGUUGACGAUCCUUCGAUGCAGCUGCCAAGCAGCAGGCUUGCCAGUCUGUGA